GGGCCUGGAGGCAGCCGCGCCCCCGCGCCCGUCCCUGCCCCCCGGGUUUGGGGGGGCUUUUGGGGGAGGGGGACCGGGGUCCGCCCAGCCCCCGGAGCAGCUCAGGAUGUCAGUGGCCGGACUGAAGAAGCAAUUCCACAAAGCCAGCCAGUUGUUCAGCGAGAAAAUCAGUGGCGUGGAAGGAACCAAGCUGGAUGAGGAGUUCCAAGAAAUGGAGAGGAAAAUAGACAUCACUAAUAAGGCUGUGGGCGAACUGCUCUCCAAAUCAACAGAGUACCUCCAGCCCAAUCCAGCUUACAGAGCCAAGCUGGGAAUGCUGAACACAGUGUCUAAGAUCAGAGGGCAGGUGAAGACCACAGGCUAUCCACAGACGGAAGGAUUACUGGGAGACUGCAUGCUCCGGUUUGGGAAAGAACUCGGAGAGGAAUCCUCGUUUGGCGCCGCCCUCAUUGACGUUGGCGAGUCGAUGAAGCUGAUGGCCGAGGUGAAGGACUCUCUGGACAUCAACGUGAAGCAGAAUUUCCUCGACCCGCUCCAGCUACUUCAGGACAAAGACCUCAGAGAGAUCGGGCACCACUUGAAGAAGCUGGAAGGCCGACGCUUGGAUUACGAUUACAAGAAGAAGAGGAUAGGUAAGGUCCCCGAUGAAGAAGUCAAACAAGCGGUAGAAAAAUUCGAAGAAUCGAAGGAGCUGGCUGAACGGAGCAUGUUUAAUUUUUUGGAAAACGAUGUAGAGCAAGUGAGCCAGUUGGCGGUGUUCGUAGAGGCCGCCCUCAACUAUCACAGGCAGUCGACGGACAUCCUGGAGGAACUGCACGGCAAGCUACAGAGCCGAAUCAGCAUCGCUUCUAGUCGCCCGAGACGAGAUUUCAAGCCCAAACCGAUAGUCACCACGCAUUGCGAGCCCGGGGACACCCAGCAACACAACGGGAUUUCAUCGAGCGCCUCGAUAAAGUCACCGGGUUAUUCCAUGCAGAUGGAUCAGCCCUGCUGUCGAGCUCUGUAUGACUUUGACCCCGAAAACGAAGGAGAACUGGGAUUUAAAGAAGGGGACAUCAUCACUUUAACCAAUCAAAUAGAUGAAAAUUGGUACGAAGGAAUGCUUCGCGGGGAAUCUGGGUUCUUCCCCAUCAAUUAUGUUGAAGUGAUGGUGCCUUUGCCGCAGUAAGGUUGGAAAUCAAACCCCGGACCAGUUGGUGACCGAAAUGGAUUCACGCGAACAUUCCCUCUGUUGCCACUCUGUGAAAGCCUUGCUUUUUGACUGACUUUUGUACGUGAGUUCUCUUUCUUAUGUAUUUAUUUUGUACGAUUCCGUUUGUAUGAACACUGUACCGUCGCAAAUCCCAGAGAAGUUUGCCUUGUGCCUUGGAAGUCGCCUGUUAAGCGUGGGUAAGUCUCUCGGUGGCUGAAAAACUGGAUUUCCCGCCGUUCCUGAUGAUGAAUCUCCUCUGUCCUCUGUUGUAUCGGUUUUUUCCAGCUAAAACUUUUAAACCAAGGGAAGCUAAAUAACCGGCAUCUAAGCUUCAGGACGCCUUUUUCGUCUCUUACCACUUAGUGAACUGGAAGCAACCUGACACCCGGUGCACGUUGACUGUUGAUAUAAGGCAAAGCCGUCGUCAUCCGUAUUAAGAUGCUGUUUUGCUAGAGUCUCCAUGCUAUAGGCAACUUGCUGAUCAAACUAAAUAAAUAUUACCGUGAUGAUAA